UUCCAGAAAAGGGGGAGAGGCACUGGAUUUUAUACACAUGUAUCCGGUAAACUAACGGAACAGUACAGAAAUUAACUCGGCAAAAUGGCAGGCAAGGAUGAAGAUGGUGAGCAAAAACGACUUGUUAAAAUUUCAGAGUUGCCUGUGUAUGGAAAUCCAGAGGUGAAGAUAAAACUUUUACCCGAGGAAAUAGGAAAGUUUCGUGAAUGCAUAUCGGAGGUUAGAAAGACCGUAGCAGAUGUACUGAGUCCAUUUCAGGGGACAGUAGAUAAAACCAAACACAUAAUUGAAACAGGAGAGGCUCAUACGAAAUCUUCCUUAAACCAGAUCAGGAGUGAUGAAGGGCUGUUAACAAAAUUGACAGUGAUUGGGUUGUCUGGAUUAGCAGGAAAUAUUCUUGCAAUGAGAGGUAGUGAGUCUGAUGACAAAAGCUCCUAGCAGGUGAGGGGACACAGAAAAUUCAAAUAAAAUUUGAAAGUUUUAUAUGUAUAAGACUAUAUAAAUUACAAUGUG